AUGAGUAAUCAGCCUAACCGUUCACCAUGCACCAGGUGUGGUAGGGAUCACGAGGGUAAGUGUAUGUGGGGUCAGAAGAGCUACUAUGGAUGUGGCCAGGAAGGCCACGGUUUUAGAGAUUGUCCUCAUACCAGACAGGGGAACUGUGAUAUUCUCCCCCAAGCUCAGACUGCUAGUGCUCCAGCUCCUGUAGCUCAUUCAGCUCCUACUCAUGCUGCUUCUUCUAGCACUGCUGGUGAUCAGUCCCAGAACAGAUUCUAUGCUUUGCCUUCCCGUCAGGAGCAGGAGGACUACCUCGAUAUUGUUACUGGUAUUCUUUGUGUGUUUCAGUUUGAUGUUUAUGCGUUGUUAGACCCUGGGUCCAGUUUUCCAUAUGUGACACCUCUGGUUGCUGUAAAUUUUGAAGUGAGUCCCGAGAUUGUCUCUGAGCCCAUCCUAGUUUCUACCCCUGUGGGUGAGUCCAUUAUUGCCUGA